AGCCACUCAGACACUCUUCCCUCUUCCCGAUCCUACUCGGCUGCUUCUGCCACUAGAACGAAAGCUUCACCACCAUCGAGUAUAUACGCAGUUGCGUCGACCUAAUCGCGAAAAUGGAUCUCUCCAACAUCUUCCGAAUCGUCAACAUCGUCGUCGGUGUGCUCAUGGUCCUGGGUGGUAUUUCCCAGUUCUUCCCUGCGUCCAUGAGCUCCAUCAUUGUCGGCGUCUAUGUGAUUAUCUUUGGUCUUCUUGUUGGUGGAUUGGAAUUCCUGCCGAACGUCCCCGACUACGUCUACCGCUACGCGUCUUUCCUUUUCUCCUUCCUGGGACGUGGUGGCUUCUACAUCUUCGUCGGGUCGAUCAUGUUGCACGACAACGUCCUGCGCUAUAUUGCGGGCUCCAUCGUCGGCUUCAUCGGUCUGGGAUACAUUGCCCUGGAGUUCAUUCCCUCCAUCGAGCCUCCGUCCAACAUGCGCGAGACCGACCAGGGUUGGGGCGCUGAGCAGGUCUAAGCAUGGUGCGCGCGUUGCAGGAACAGUCGGGCGAUGUGGCCUCGUGUGAUCUCUGCACACGUGCUCGGACAAAGGUUGGUGCUACUCAAAUCUGCAGCCGCUGCCCUUGUCACCACGAACGGGCAAGCGUCGGGGCUAUGUCAGUCCAGCCUGUUCGGA